AUGGCCAAAACACUGACCCUCAACAAUGCUGACAUCAUGGGGCCUGCAGUACCGUUUCCUGAAUAUCACGAGCCCUUUGAUUUAUUUGGGCCAACUCUCGAAUUCCCCCAAUACCACGAACCUCUCGACGUAAUGACCAGUCUUAGCCCUUCUCCGGCCAACGGAGCGCCGGUGAAUAAGUUGGUGGAGCAGGUUAUAAGAACCCCCGGCCGCCGGCCCUCUCCCCAGCCUACACACUUCAGCGUGCCGUACAAGAAUGGCAAUGGCAAUGGACACCGCGUCCUACGCUCCGCCACCGUCGGCUACAUCGCGCCAGAAUUCAAGGGCAAGAAUGAACAAAUUGUCCACGUCAAGGAAAAUAUCCUGGCGGGCGGUUGGAUUCCAGCAAGCCUCGUUGACGACCAGAUCACCUGGUUCUAUGAUGACCUUGGAAUUGAUGACGUCUAUUUCCAAACAGAGUCGGUGGAUGCGAUCGUGUCCAACAUCACAUCUCUCUACGCGGCCAAAGUUGCGGCGUUUGCUCGCGAAGACAAGAAACAUGAGGUCAGACUAGAUAUGGAAGCAACAGAUCACGCAAUCUACAUUGACACAAGCGAACCGGGUAUCACGAGAAUGGGUGGCCCCAGAUAUGAGCAUAGGCUUGAGACCAAGUACCUCGAUUCUGGUUCAAGCAACACCUAUCGCGUUGAGACCUUCAGAUCGUCAUCCAACUUGGCUAAUGGCGGCCCAUCAAAAUCGACGAUGCGCUGCUAUUUCGUUUAUCAGUGCCAAUUCGUGGAUCCAAAUCCUUCACCUCUCGAGACGCGGAUGGAGGUCAUUGGAGACCAGACGUUCCUCGCCAAGGCGACCAAGAACACCAUGCAAAUCUACCAAGAAAUCAUCGAAGUUGCCGUCAAAAGAACCGGUCCGGUGAUCGAGGUUUUCGAUAUCGAAGGAUCCAAGGAGAUGCGAAUUGUCAUCGCAUUCCGCCGCCGAACUGCGUCGGGCAUGUUUAGUGCCUUAUCAGACCUGUACCACUCCUAUGGAGUAACGAGCACUCGAAAAUACGUCGAGCAAUUCUCUAAUGGCAUCACGGUUAUCUGUCUCUAUCUGAAGCCGGCAACCAACUUGGAUUCGAAUCUCACGUUUCCUCCGCUCAGCCAAUCCAUCCACCAGAUCACCAAAGAGAUCUCGUUGCUUUACUGUAUUCCGCAAAAUAAGUUCCAGGCUCUCUUCGCCAGCGGACGAUUGUGCUUGCAGGAAACUAUUUACGGGCAUUGCCUGUGGGUAUUUGUGCAUCAUUUCCUCAAUCGCCUUGGUUCCGAAUAUUCCUCGCUUGUAUCUGCUUUGGAUCCUGCCAACAGCCUGCAUGCCGAGAUCCUCUCAAAUAUCAAGCGUCGGUUAAGAACCGAAACAUUCACCGCCGAUUACAUUGCGGAAAUCAUCAAUGGGCAGCCUGAGCUUGUCCGAUCGCUGUACGCUUCCUUUGCCGAUACUCACUUGGCCUUCGGUCCAGGGUAUGAAGAUGAUUUCGUCCCUUCAAACCCAUCCGCCGCGGUCCUGACCGACGACGAACUGAAGGACUUGAUCUCCAAAACGGUCAAUAAUGAGCAUGAGGAGAUGGUCAUGUCUGCCUUCCUCAUAUUUAAUAAAGCUUUGCUUAAGACCAACUUCUACACACCCACCAAAAUCGCCCUCAGCUUCCGUCUCAACCCGUCAUUCCUGCCGUCGCUUGAAUAUCCUCAGCCGUUGUACGGCAUGUUUUUGGUGAUCAGCUCGGAGUCGCGAGGUUUCCAUCUCCGCUUCCGUGAUAUCUCACGAGGCGGUAUCCGUAUUGUCAAAUCUAGAAAUCGCGAAGCAUAUUCCAUCAAUGCGCGGUCAAUGUUUGACGAGAACUACGGUCUUGCCAACACACAACAACGCAAGAACAAGGAUAUCCCCGAAGGCGGCUCCAAGGGCGUGAUCCUUCUUGAUCCCGGCCACCAAGAUAAGGCUGCUGUCGCGUUCGAGAAGUAUAUUGAUAGCAUUAUGGACCUUCUUCUCCCGCCCGCUUCUCCUGGUAUCAAGAACCCCAUCGUGGACUUGUACGGGAAGGAAGAAAUUCUCUUCAUGGGCCCUGAUGAGAAUACUGCCGAGCUGGUGGAUUGGGCCACAGGGCAUGCACGCAAACGUGGUGCACCAUGGUGGAAGUCAUUCUUCACUGGCAAAUCUCCAAAGUUGGGUGGUAUUCCCCAUGACACCUAUGGCAUGACGACCCUCUCCGUCCGCGAAUAUGUCACGGGCAUCUACCGAAAGCUUGGACUCGAUCCCAGUACCAUCCGAAAGAUGCAGACUGGUGGGCCAGAUGGUGAUCUAGGAAGUAACGAAAUUCUCCGAAGCAACGAGAAAUACACAUCGAUUGUGGACGGCUCCGGAGUUCUCGUGGACCCCAAUGGGCUCGAUCACCCCGAACUCAUUCGUUUGGCCAAGAAGCGUGUUAUGAUUUCCGAGUUUGAUAUCACCAAGCUCUCACCAGAUGGAUAUCGAAUCUUGGUUGACGAGUCGAAUGUCAAGCUCCCGAACGGAGAGGUCGUCACCAAUGGUACUGUCUUCCGUAACACCUUCCAUCUCCGCGAGACAGGCCUCACGGAUAUCUUCGUUCCAUGCGGUGGUCGGCCCGAGUCAAUUGACCUUUCCAGCGUUCACAAACUCAUCAAAAAGGGCAAAUCCAUCAUUCCAUACAUCGUCGAAGGAGCCAAUCUAUUCAUCACCCAGGAUGCCAAGCUUCGUCUUGAGCACGCUGGCUGCAUCCUGUAUAAAGAUGCUAGUGCCAACAAAGGAGGUGUCACAUCUUCCUCGCUUGAGGUCCUCGCAAGUUUGAGCUUUGACGACAAAGGAUUUGAAGAAAAUAUGUGUGUUGGCAGUGAUGGCGAGGCCCCAGAGUUCUACAAGGCUUAUGUCAAGGGCGUCCAAGAAAUUAUUCAGCUGAACGCGAGGCUAGAAUUCGAGGCCAUCUGGAGAGAACAUAAGGAGACAAAAGUCCGCAGGAGCACACUCAGUGACACACUCAGUAUUGCGAUUACGAAGUUGGACGAGGAGUUGCAGAAGACAGAUCUCUGGGAAGACGAGAAACUUAAGAGAUCUGUCCUGCAGGAUGCUCUGCCAAAACUCUUGCAAGAUAAAAUUGGGCUUGAUUUGAUCAUCGAGAGGGUUCCGAACAACUAUCUCCGUGCGAUCUUUGGUAGCUAUCUUGCCAGCCGCUUCGUUUACGAAUUCGGCAGUAAACCCAGCCAGUUCGCAUUCUUCGAUUUCAUGUCGAAACGAAUGGCCACAAUUCAGAAGUAG